AAGCACCGACACCUUAAAAGAACCGCCUGAAGCAUGCAACAGACUCUGUGCAAAGGUUAGUGAGGACGGACGUCCCUGCUGUCCGGCACCCCGGAGUCGCGCUUUUGUUUGCAGUGAAGACCCACAUUUUCUUUCCCCAAAAAAGAAUCUCCAGAUAUCCUGAAAAUGGAUCCUUUACAAAAUGGAAAUAAUUGUGAGGAGGACUCGCAGUGUGCCAAUGAGGAGGAAGAAGAAACGGAAGAAGUGGAUCCAAGAAUCCAGGGAGAGCUGGAGAAGUUGAACCAGUCCACAGACGACAUUAACCGCUGGGAGAGCGAGCUGGAGGACUGCCGUCAGCGGUUUCGCGCGGUGCUGGUUGAGGCAACAGUGAAGCUGGACGAGCAGGUGAAGAGGAUCGGACGAGCUGUGGACGACUCCAAACCCUACUGGGAAGCCCGCAAAAUAGCACGACAGGCCCAGGUCGAAGCACAAAAGGCCACUCAGGAGUUCCAGCGGGCGGUUGAGAUCCUGCGGGCGGCUAAGGAGACCAUCGCCCUGGCCGAAGAGAGGCUGCUGGAGGAGGACAGCCGCCAGUUUGACUCUGCCUGGCAGGAAAUGCUCAACCAUGCCACACAGAGGGUAAUGGACGCAGAGCUGGAGAGAACGCACAGUGAGGCCGAACACAAGAAAACUGCAGCCAAUUACAACUCCUGCAUCAGCCACAUGAGGCAGUUGGAGAAGAAACUCAAACGCUCCAUCAACAAAUCCAGGCCGUAUUUUGAACUGAAAGCCAAGUAUUAUCUACAGCUUGAGCAACUCAAGCGCCUUGUGGAUGAGCGUCAGGCCAAAGUUGUGGUUGCCAAGACCGACUACCGCACAGCAUUACGCAACCUGGAGAGCAUCUCUGAAGAGAUCCAUGCCCAGCGACGCUCCCUCGCCAUGGGCACCAGGGAACAGGGUGUCGGAGCGGAGGGAGAUGGGCCCGACGAGGACAUCACCAACUUCAAAAUGGAGUCAGACGGUCUGUCAAUGGUGUCCGUAUCAAUCGAUGAAGAGGGCAGUCACAGUAGCAGCUCAGAGGAGGACACAGAUACUCACUCCACCUCCUCCCGAGACACUCACUCCACCUCCUCUCGUGACAUGCCCUCCCCCUCCUCCUCCUCCCAGCCCUCCACCUCUGCCUCCACCCCCCUGGACAUGCCCUGCUCUCAGCCCUUCUCACCCUACACCCCCUGCUCAUGCCUCUCCUCCUCUCCCCCCGUCCCCUCUUCCUCCUGUCCUGGCGAACAAGAGUUAGCGAGCCCCUGUAGCCCUCAUGACCCAGAGUCGGUGUGGGGUUCUCGGCAUGCCUCGCCUCUCCUGGGCCCUCGCAGCCAGUGCAGUGGAGCUUCUUCUCCAGACUGCGACCAGGAGAGAGGUGACAGAGCAGAGGGAGCGGAGGCAGCGCUAGAAGCUGGUUUGAACAAGCUAACCUUAACUGUAGCUCCAAAACGAGAAGGGGACUCCGGGGAUGAACAAGAUCCCCAUGUCAUUAACCCCGAAAUAUCCUCUCCCAGCUCAGCCACUACCAUUCUGUUACUCAACAGUGUCUAAUAAAACUUCUGUCUGGGCUCUGUGGCAGAGGACUUGGAGCAGGGCAGGAGGAUAUGCUAAAUCCAAGCGAUGAGAGAGCAACCUACAUAUCCCAAAGCUCAAACCAACCUGACAUUGCGUCUCCAUAUUGUCUUAACAUCCGAUGGUGUCAUAUUAGAAGGUGUUAUAAGUAGUGUAUUUGAACAUCAGUACAUCAUUUUCAAGUAAAUUGUGAACCUGUGGUGUAAACAAAUAAGAGCAGGGACGGGAGGAUUGGUGUGUGUUGGUGUCAUUAGUGCUGGCAUUAUUCAAAAGAUUGCAUUUGUCAUGAACUCCUUUCUGUUGCAAAGAGGGUGUUUGUUGCCAUUGAACCGACUUCACCAGCUCCGUCUAUUUUGUGCCGCAAAAUAAUUUGCGUUGUACAGCAGUAUGGGGAAUUGUCUUGGCAUAUUGUAGAGACUGUCAAACUUCUCAAUGUGUAACCAGCUUUAAAGUAAUGUGUCAAAAUGAAUGUCAUAAUACAUGUAUUGAUGUAAACAUACUAUCGUUGGCACCACUAGGAGAAGUCAACAGUGAGCCUCUUUUUGGAUCUGUAUCUAAACAUGGAGGAUCAAAAUGGGACAAAACAAGAUGUCGAAUGUUGGAUCAUUUCUUGUUCUGCCUUGAUUAUUGAGCUCCUCAAUGUGAAGUUGAAAUGUAGGAUGCAGAGACUGUUUCGGGGGAGUAAUUAUCAAGGAGGAACGAGGAGUGCAUGCAGUACUCCGAGCACUAAACACCAGAAGAGACUCUCUUCAGGCGGGACUAACAAGUGGUCUUCCAUUUGGAUUUGUGAAUGAGUGAGUGAAUGUUUUGAGUGCAGAUCACCAUCUGAUGUGGUGGUGAUUGAGCACAUUUGUGUGCGUGUGUCUGUUGUGUUUUUGGGAAAUGCUCAAAUACUACCUGUAGUACAGAUAUUCUAUAUUUAUACUCCUGUAUUCUUGUAUAUGAACAGUGGUUUGUGGUUACUAUUGCUAUUGUUUAACACAAAAUAAGCAAUAAAUAUGUGCUACAUUUA